AUGCUGCGGACUAUAUUCAAAACUAAGAACACAGCCACGAAUGUUGUAGAAGACAUUUCACACAGCCUCAAUGAAGAUGAAACGAAUCCCACUGAAACCAAUGUUGAUAUUCAUCACCAGGAAUACAUCGUCCAUCAGUCUAGCAUAUUACCAGUAAAGAAAAAGGAAUUUAUUUCUCCAGUACCAAUGAAAAUAAGUAAAGUUGAUGAUUCAAAUGCAGGUGAAGCUUUGAAAUGCAUGAAAACGCUUGCCACCACGGUUUUGAAACGUGAUGAAUAUACUGCUUAUGAGGAACAUAUUGCUAAUAAAUUUAGAAACAGCAGUAGAUCAAAGCUGGAAAUAGCAUCUGCUCAGAAUGCAAUUGAUAAUAUCUGCUUUAAAUUAUUGAUGGGUGAAUUUUGUAACAUUCGUACAACUACAUCAUCCUCUGCAGUAAGUUCAGUGCAUUGGGUUCCCCACAACUCAGCAUUUCCCCAGCGACGUCUCCAUCGCCCCAACUUGCUACAGUUUGUUAGGAAAAGCAUAUUCAAGAGCUGCAUCGAUGGAAAUUUCCAAAGUCCAAAAGCAACAAAAAAGUUUAAGAAGAAUUUAAACUUUCAACCGAAAUCAUCUGAAAAAAUUAAGAAAAAUUACACUUCUCAAAAGAAAAAGCAAAAAGUUGUUGUUUCCUCGGAUUCCUCGGAAUCAGAAGAGGAAGUCCAAUAUGCUGAUUCGGAAGAUGAUAUGGAUCCAGAAGAAGAAGAUGUGGAUUGCUCCUUCUGCUUGGAGUCAUUUUCUUCAGAUAAAGGAGGAGAAAAAUGGGUGAAGUGUUGUAAGUGUUACAAAUGGUGCCAUGAAGCAUGUGCUGGUGCUGAAGACAAAAAAAAAUAUAUCUGUGACUUUUGUAUGGAUGGAUGA